CCCUAAGCUGUUGCAGCAGAGUCCUUUCGUCUCUUUCGCAGGGAGCGAAGGGAGGAGCUGGAGCAGAAAGGAGCGGUUGCGAGGACGCAACAGGGAUUGGGACGGAGAUCAUGCCUACACGGGGUGGGGGAAAAGGCUGCUCGGUGUGAGCUCAGCUGUUUGCGAGUGGUUUCGCAUAUUCGUGUAGGAGCUAGAGUGAUUGUUUCGUUUUAUAGUUCUUCAAGGAUAGAGGAUGGCGGGCGUAGCUUUUUCGCCAGUGCAGAAUGGGGACAGGUCGCUGUAUGGUGGAGGUGGGGGUGGCAAGAUGCGAGCUCGGCGAGGUCCGAAGCGAAACAGCACGCCUUACGACCGGCCGGCCGUUGGGCGCCAUGCAUCGGCAGGGCCGCAGGCUUUAAUUAAUGCGAAUGGAGGGACUGCGGGUGGAAACAGGCGGGAAGGGUGGCUAGGGUCGAGGUUGCUUGGCACUGCCUCCAAGAUUGUCACUACCGGAGCUUCGUAUUUGUAUUCUUCAUUUUUCAAGCGUCCGGCUGGGGGCGGUGUUUUUCUUCUUAAAGAUGCGGAAAAAACCGCGGGAGAAUAUGCUGACGGACAAACGGAUAUGAUGUCGCCAUCAGCUGCCGAAGCUGAGUCAAUGGAAGCCGGUAGUCAGCAUGGCGAUGAAGACAAUUCAUCAGAAGUGGAAAGUUGGAUAAGGAGGACCUUCCCAGGAGAAGAAGCUGAUCGGUUAAUUGCGAGUUUAAGGUCGUUUAAGCAGACUGGGGCUGCAGAAGAGCAAGUUGAUCAUGUAAGCAAAGAACCAAAAACUGCUAAUGUUAACCAAGUUCCGGCUCUCGAGUCUGCGCCAAGCAGCGGUCAGCUUUCCGAUGCACAGAGGUGGAGGGAAGAACGCACUAAAGCUCGACAAGAGCAGAAAAGUAGCCUUUGGCUAGGUGGUUCUGGAAAAGAAAAUGGCACCCGCGCAGGUCCUGGGACCUUUGAGAUUGGAGAAACUGUGGCAGUUGAUGUUGCAAGGGCCUACAUGGGAGAGCGAGUCACAAGAGUGGUUACACCUGUUCGGGAGAAAGUUCCUACUCCAAUACGACAUUCACCUUACCAGCCUUCGCCUUAUUUGGCGAGGAAGCAACAAUCAAACAACUUCUCUGCUCAGUAUGAAUCCGCUACUGUUCCUAAUACUUUUGGUCUUCUUUCUCCGGGUGGCAUUCGAAGUCGAGACGGUGUUUUUGAUGACAAUUUGCGAACUCCACCUGUCACUCGAACCGUAGGACAUCUUCAGCCUGUUCCUCGCGCCACUGCAGUCAGUUCAGCGAUUGGAUAUCCAUUGCCUGGAGAGGGAUCGAAAAAGAGAAGUUUUUCAGCCGUAGAGGAUGGCGGCUAUUCUACAGGUGGGGCUAUUCGACGCUUAAGGCCUAGGUCCUCUCUGUACUCGCCAGGUCCAGGUACUGGAUUCCAAAGAAGAGGAGGCCUGGGCAUGUAUCCCCCUCUUCCUAGGAUAUUACAUACGCCUGUUGACGUCAAACAAAAAUCGAUUACAAUGUGGAACCAGAAUGCUGAUACAGAGGAGAAAGGCGAUGUGAAAAAUGUUUUGAAACACAAGGAGGGAUCCAAAGGUUUAGCAAUGGGAAUGAAUGCAGCUGUACCUGAAAGAGCGAGUGCAACAGCUCGCAAGAUCUUAGAAACCUUGGAUAUAAUGACUCCUCCAAAAGAGAAGUCCUUAGAGUCAGAGCUUGCGUUAGUCAGGGAUCGUCCAUCAACUGAGUUGACAACAAGUAUGAUGAAUGAUAAGGCACGUCAGACCAUGCAGUCCUGGGAUUAUGCAGGACCUCAGGAAGAAGCCGGGCCUUCAGGACGGGGUCGCAAUCUUGAGAAUGAUUUGUCCUCUGCUGCUGGGGUUUCAAGGAUAGGAGCUGGACAUGGCACAAAAACCAGAGGCAAAGGCAAAGCGUCAGCUUCCAUCCCAUCACAUAAUUUUGAAGAGAAGAGCACAGAUCAAACAUCAUUUUAUUUCCAGGACGCAUCUAGGUUGAAAGUCUCAGAGUCUAGUUUGGCUAACUCAAGUCCUGCCUUGGGAAGGAAUAAAGGAUUCCAGAUCAAUGCUGAUGUUGAUGAUUCGGAUGAAGAGAGUAGAGGUGCAAACUCUACUUUGGUCACUUCAACUGUGACGACUUUUAGUGAUGGAAAGUCGACUUGUGCAUCAGGAGGUUUUACAUUCCAGUCGUCCAAUUCUUUUGGUAUUGCUAUGGAGCCUCCACCGACACCUAAGCCGUUUCCAUCACCAUCCAGCACAGGGCCUGCACCGAAGCUUAAUGGGCAGCCCACUUUCAAGUUCAACACCGGUACUCCAGCAGACAAUAUAGUAUUUAAAUUGCCCACAUCAGGGUCAGGAGGAGUUGAUAAUAAUGUACAUACCAAGGAUAUGAAGCUCAACUAUCAGUCUGAUAAUAAACCGGACUCUUCACCAAGUAAUGUGACUGCACGUGAGACAUCCGAACCGGCCCAAGAAGUGAAGGGAGGAACGUCUACAUUGAGUUCCUCGUCUCCUGAAACCUCACCUUCUGCGGUCUCUUUAGCCAACUUCGAAACCUCCCGUGCCGAGGCCAAGCCAGCCUCUGCAGGUAUGUUCGGUUCAAGCAGUCAGACCACUGGUUUCAGUACGGGGAAUUCCUCAGGAGCGACUCUCGUUUCAAAUAAGGAGUCGAGCGUAUUCAGUUUUGGUAAGUCGGCAGCAUCUCCAUCCGCAGAACCUGCAACCCAAACAUCCCCUACUGCUGGUUCUGGUAUGUUUGGAAGCAACGGGACUUCUUCAGCCACUACCUUUACAUCUCCUGCUCCAGCAUUUGGAUCCUCUUCUGCUUUUGGAAUGAACAAGGGAUCAUCUUUGUUCGGGGCAGCAGGCAGUUCUUCAGCAGCACCUACUUUGCAGUCAACAGCUCCCGCAGUAACUUUGGAUGAUGGGAAUAAAUCUCAAAAGGUCGCGUUGGGACAGAGCCCGGAAAAGGCUAAUGAUGGAUCAGUAACUGCGCCUGUGACGUUUGGGUUAUCUGCUGCUGCGACUACCUCAGCCUCAACGCCAUCGACACACGUGUUCUCUACCCCUACAUUUGGUGUAGGCGCAAGCUCGCCAGCUCCAGCGUCCAAGUCUGCACCCUUGUUCGGCUUGAAGCCUGCCUCCUUGGAUUCCACUCCUGUGGCUUCAACUACUUCACCGUCAUCAGUCAGUGCUGGCUUUGGGUUAUCCUCUUCUCUUUUUGGCAGUUCAACAUUUGGGUCAAGUAAUCCAGCUCCUUUAUUUGGUGGAGCUUCGAGUGCUCCUGCAUUCGGUGCUUCAAGUACUCCAGCUUUUGGAGCAUCUAGCACUCCAGCUUUUGGAGCUUCCAGCAUACCAACCUUCGGAGCGUCUAGCACUCCUGCAUUUGGACCCUCGAGCACAGCGACAUUCUCAACUUCUAGUGCUUCGGCAUUUGGGACUUCCAGCACUCCAGCUUUCGGGGCUUCCAGCACCCCUGCAUUCGGAGCUUCUAGUACUCCGGCAUUCGGAGCUUCCAGCACCCCGGCAUUCGGAGCUUCUAGUACUCCGGCAUUCGGAGCUUCCAGCACCCCGGCAUUCGGAGCUUCCAGUACUCCGGCAUUCGGAGCUUCCAGCACCCCGGCAUUCGGAGCUUCCAGCACCCCGGCAUUCGGAGCUUCCAGCACCCCGGCAUUCGGAGCUUCCAGUACUCCGGCAUUCGGAGCUUCUAGUACUCCGGCAUUUGGAGCUUCCAGUACUCCGGCAUUUGGAGCUUCCAGUACUCCGGCAUUUGGAGCUUCCAGUACUCCGGCAUUUGGAGCUUCCAGUACUCCGGCAUUUGGAGCUUCCAGUACUCCGGCAUUUGGAGCUUCUAGUACUCCGGCAUUUGGAGCUUCUAGUACUCCGGCAUUCGGAGCUUCCAGUACUCCGGCAUUUGGAGUAUCUAAUGCACCUAACACAUCUGGUUUUGGAGGUUUUAGCUCAGAAGUAUCAGCACAACCUUCACAGUCUCCUCCCGUCUUCGGUUUUGGAGCUUCAGGCAAUGCUGGAUCUUCAUCUUCUCCAGCCUCAUUUGCGUUUGGUGCUUCUGCCGGAUCUGGUAAUCCCUUUGCUUUUGGUGCAUCUACUGGCGCAUCACCAACCACUUCAACUGGCGCCUUCGCAUUUGGGGCAUCUAGUGCUGCAUCACCAACCACUUCAACUGGUGCGUUCGCUUUUGGAUCAUCUAGUGCCGCAUCACCCACUACCUCUACUGGUGCUUUCGCAUUUGGAGCAUCUAGUGCUGCUUCACCCACUACCUCAACUGGUGCAUUCGCCUUCGGUGGCUCUAGUGCUGCAUCAUCUUCACCCUUCAGUUUUGGUGCAAAACCCAGUUCUCCAUCUAUGUUUGGUACGAGUGGCACUGCACCUGCAUUUGGAUCUUCUCCGAAUGGUGGCAUGGGAACCGAUAUGGAGGACAACAUGGCUGAUGAUGGUCAGAUGAUGGCCUCUUCACCACCUCCACAACAACAAUCUCUUGCAUUUGGUGCCUCUCAAAACCCAUUCGGUAAACCUUCCACUCCAGUCACCACACCGUCGUCAGUCUUUGGAGGCUUUGGAAGUUCAACAGCCCCUGCCGGUGCUAAUCCAUUUGCACCAUCUCCUCAGCAACCUUCCCCUGCUGCUGCCAACCCCUUCGCGCAAUCGCCUCAGCCGGGACAACCUCUCAACUUUGGUGGUGGUGGUUUUGCAUUGGGGACAACUGGCCAAGACUCGGGCGCUAAACCCAAUAGGAAGUUUAUUAAGGCUAAGAGGGCAGGUAGCGUGAAAAGGAAGUAAACGAACAUGUAGAGUGUGUGUUAUGUGAAAUCCUUAGGAAAAUUGUUGGCAUUUAGGUUAUCAAGGCUUAAUAGGAAAGAAUAUUGGAUACGCUGAGAAAUGUUAGCUCUUUAGUGAAACUGCUUAUGUUACGCAUACUCACGGAUCUUGAUCUCCGCGUCUGGCCAGUGAGUAGUUGGAAUAUUGAACUAGACACGUUGAAGUUGUGGGUGAAUAGAGUACUUAACGUCAAGUGGUGCCUUCCACCCAACCGACAAAGUCUGCAUCUAUGCUUUCAGAGCCUUCUUCAAUAUGGUCAUGCUGACUUCGAACACGUAAAUAUUAUCAA